CCGUUGCCGGCUUCAUAGUUCAUAAUUAGGUUGGAUUCAGGUUGAUGGUUUAAGGUUAUAUGCCUGCAGAAGCCUACUUUUCAAUAAAAAAUUCCUGGAUUCUGGUUGUGUAUAUAUUGCUAUCUCUCUGUCCGUCCCCAUUCUAAUAUAUCAAUGUCAUUGUAUUUUUUUUUUUUGGGGUGUGGAAUUUAAGUAUGAACAGUGAAUUUAUAGAGAGAGAAUUAGAGCAGAUGACAGAACAGAUCAAAUCACUUAUUCAGACCCUAAAUGCCAACCAGGGAGGAGAACUUGAGGCAGUUGAUGGGAUGACACGUUUAGAUGUAGUUGUCCGGAUUUUAAACAAUCAACUAAGUUCUUUAAUGUGGCUUGAUGGGAAGGCUGAAGCUGAAUUGCAAACAGAUAAUGUUAUGGACGAAGUUAACUUGGCAAACGUGGUCGAUAAUAUCCAUUAUAGAAGACUGGAAGUAUGUGAGUUUUCCUUCACGACCUUCAGGAAUUUAUUUAUGAAACAAAUGUAGGAGUUCAAAUAUUUGAAAACAUAACCGUUUUGCAAUAUAUACAAUACAGGGGGGAAAAUGCUGAAAUUUAAUAGGUAUUCAUCAACUAAUGGUGCCCCCAACUGUUGAUCAAAUAAUGUGGUUUAUUCUUGCAUUUCUCUGCUUAUGCUAUGGUGAUUCAAGCAGCUUGGACUCGAGCCACAACCGCAAUCAGGAGGAUCACAACAGAGAGAAGCAAUGAUGAUCUAAUUUUUUCCUCCAUCUGCUCCUUGUUUCCUUCUAUGGGAUUGUUACUCUUGGGAGGUUGAAAUAGCUCGUUCACUAGAGACAGAAA